AACCAUCUCACCCUAUCAGAAACCAAAUAGCAACAACAAAAAUCUAAUAAAACCACUCUCUUUCAGUUUCUCUCUCACACGCAGACACACAAACACACUCUCAAAACUCACAAAAAAUUCCACAUUUCCAUUUUUCCACUAUCCAGAAUUGAACUAACAAUGUCCAAACAGACCUACAGAGUCUGCUUCUGCUUCCAUAGGCGGUUCAGGCUCGCCGUAACGGAAGCACCGGCGGAGAUCAAGGACCUUUUCAGUCAGUACUCCGAGAAUGGGAUCAUGAACGCCGAUCGGUUACGAAACUUCCUGAUCGAAGUUCAGAAACAAGAGAAAGCAACCGAAUCGGAAGCUCAGGGCAUCAUCGAUCAGCUCAGGCACAUUCAUCGCAAGGGACUCAACCUCGAGGCCUUCUUUAAGUACCUCUUCUCUGAUUCUAACCUUCCUUUCCAUUCUCGGACGGUGCAUCAUGAAAUGAAUGCGCCUUUGUCGCAUUAUUUCAUAUAUACGGGUCACAAUUCUUAUUUAACUGGGAAUCAACUCAGUAGUGAUUGCAGCGAUGUCCCCAUCAAACAAGCGCUGGAGAGAGGAGUGAGGGUAAUUGAGUUGGAUUUAUGGCCAAAUGCCGCAAAAGAUAAUGUGGAUGUUCUUCAUGGAAGGACACUGACUACUCCUGUGGAACUCCUCAAAUGUUUGAAGUGUAUAAAGGAGCAUGCCUUUACUGCAUCUGAAUAUCCAGUUGUGAUAACUCUAGAAGACCACCUUACUCCAGAUCUUCAGGCUAAAGUGGCUCAUAUGGCCACUCAAACAUUUGAAGACAUACUCUUUACUCCUGGCCCAGAAAGCUUGAAGGAGUUUCCAUCCCCAGAAUCCUUAAAGAGAAGGAUAAUCAUAUCAACCAAACCUCCAAAGGAAUACCUUGAGGCCAAAGAAGUUAAGGAAAAAGAAAAUGAUUCCCAAAAGGGAAAGGAGUUAGGUGAUGAAACUGCUUGGGGUAAAGAACUCACACACCAGAAAAGCAUGUCUGUAUCAGAUGACAAGCAUGAUUUGGAUGAAGAAGAUCAUAAUGAAGAGGAAGAUCUUGAUUGUGGAGAUACUAAGGCACAGCAACAUGAAGCACCUGAAUAUAAACGUUUAAUUACCAUUCAUGCUGGGAAGCCAAAAGGUGGAUUACAGGAAUGUUUCAAGGUGGACCCUGAUAAAGUGAGACGUCUUAGCUUAAGUGAGCAACAACUUGAAAAGGCCGUAGCCACUUAUGGAAAAGAGAUUGUCAGAUUUACCCAGCGUAAUAUUCUGAGGGUGUAUCCAAAGGGUACACGCAUUGACUCUUCAAAUUACAACCCACUAAUAGGGUGGACUCAUGGAGCUCAAAUGGUUGCAUUUAAUAUGCAGGGACAUGGACGAUCUCUCUGGUUGAUGCAGGGAAUGUUCAGAGCAAAUGGCGGGUGUGGUUAUGUUAAAAAACCAGAUUUCCUAUUGAAGACUGACCCACCCAAUGAGGUCUUUGAUCCUAAAGUUAAGUUGUCGGUGAAAAAAACUUUAAAGGUCACUGUGUAUAUGGGGGAAGGAUGGUAUUAUGAUUUCCGUCACACGCACUUUGAUGCAUAUUCCCCACCAGAUUUUUAUGCAAGGGUAGGAAUUGCUGGAGUGUCUGCUGAUACUGUCAUGAAGAAAACGAAGACAUUAGAGGACAACUGGGUGCCUACUUGGAAUGAGGAGUUUGAAUUCCCACUAACUGUGCCAGAACUGGCUUUGCUUCGGAUUGAAGUUCAUGAGUAUGACAUGUCUGAAAAAGAUGACUUUGGAGGCCAAACAUGCAUACCAGUUUCGGAGCUAAGAAGCGGGAUUCGAGCAGUUCCACUCCAUAAUGAAAAGGGUGAGAAGUACCCAUCUGUGAAGCUUCUUAUGCGCUUUGAAUACUUUUAAUGUCAUCAGUAGUUGCACUCCAUAUUUGCGAGGAAAGAAGUACAAAAUAAUGUACAGUUUUUAAAUGUGCACUUCUUUUUUCAUCAAAGGUUUGCUGUGUGAUAUAUGCAUAUGUAAUGUCUGAAAUUAUGUUGAGUUAUUGUGGGAAAUUGUCGAUGUAUUUUUGUAAUAUAACUAGAUUGGUAUUCAUUGUGUGGGAAAUUGUCAAUGUAUUUUUGUAAGAUAACCAGACUUGAAUUCAUUAUAUUCGUUACAAUAAUGUCGAUUUUUUUUGUGA